AUGAAGACCGAAUUUGACAAAAUCGCGGAGGAGGCUGGGAAUGCUGAGCUCGAGGCUUGGGCUGCUAAAGUAAAGGCCGCGAACGAAGAGAUUGUCACUUUUGUGGGUCAGAAGCUGAGGAUCAAUGUUCCGGGAGAAUUCGUCCGAUACCUUCAAGGUUCAUAUAAUGUCAAUCUUGUCGUAAGAUUCGGCGAAGAAGACAUCGUCAUCAUUCGUUUCCCGAAGCGAGGAAUAACUGCUGCUAGAUUUCUCGAGGAAAAGAUCAAGAACGAAGUCCGGUUUCUGGAGUAUCUGGCCGAAAAGACUGCCAUACCUGUCCCCAAGAUACGUGACUGGGGAACGGCUAAGGAAUGUCCUUCUCAGCUUAGUCCAUAUAUCAUCAUGGAUUAUAUCGAGGGCACAGAACUAGAGACAAUCUUGCGGCAGCUUCAAGACGACCAGAAAGAAGCAGAAGUCGAUCUUGUAUACGAGCAGAUAGCCGACUAG